UUUUUGGUCGAUUUGAACAAUUGAAGUGAAGUUUCUAGUUCUAAAAGUAAAUACACCAAAGAAUCAUCGAACCAUGGCAUCUGCAGAUCAGAAGCAAAACAUUGUUUCAGCUCUAAGCAAUCACCUCUCCACCCUGUCAUUAAACCCAAAUUCGGAUAAAGACAUUAAAAGCUUGUGUACAGACAUUUUAAAUUCUUCCCAAAAAAAUAAAGAGUUAGUGAAAUGGGUGGAGUUUGCCAGUAACUUCCCUGCUGAUUCUGGGGCAAGCUUUAAAGCUCUAAGUGAGUUGAAUGAGGAUUUGAGUAAAAAGUCUGUUAUUUUGGGCAAUGGAUUCAAGAUUUCAGCAGCUGAUAUAGUUGUUUUUGCAUCGGUGUAUUCAUUCAUGAUCAGUCUUUCAAACUCUGAUAGGAACAAAUUGCCAUACUUGCUUAGAUGGAUGGACUAUAUCCAGAUUAAAGGUGAUGUUGGAGAUAAAUUCCAAACUAUUUUUCUGGAGAAGGUCCAAUUUGAGCCACCUGCAUCUAAAAGUUUGAAGAAGGUAGAAGUGGAGUCAAAUAUAAAAAAAACUGAGUCGGAGACCAAAAAGGCUAGUAGCUCAGAUGCAGACUCAACAAAGAACAGUAGUGGUGCGCUGAAGAAGAAAGCUGCUGCAGAUAAUCAAACUUCUGCUGAANAUAAUCAAACUUCUGUUGAAAAGAAGAAGUUGCCUGAAAAGGUAGAUGAGAAAGAUAAAGAUAUCAGUGUUAGUCUGCUCAAAUUACAGAUUGGCCACAUUAAAAAAGCAUGGAAACAUCCAUCAGCUGAUAGCUUACUGGUUGAGGAGAUAGAUGUUGGAGAAGCAAAAUGUCGUCAAGUGGUUAGCGGCCUGGCAAAGUUUUGCAGUCCGGAGCAGUUGGCUAAUCGCCUUGUGGUACUCGUGACAAACAUGAAACCAUCGAAACUAAGGGAUGUAGCAUCAGAGGGAAUGGUAUUAUGUGCUUCUAAUGAAGAUCAUACUGUGGUGGAGCCUUUGAUAGCACCAAAAGGUGCCAAAGUUGGGGAGUGCAUCUUAUUUUCUGGGCAUGAUGGGAAACCAGAAGAUGUUCUGAAUCCCAAAAAGAAACAAUUUGAUAAAAUUGCCGUGAACCUUUUCACUGAUGAUAAAGGAAUUGCCACAUUCAAAGGAAUCCCAUUCAUGACAUCUGCUGGACCAUGCACAUCUUCAAUUCCCCGAGCAAGCAUCAAGUGAUUGCACUUUGCUGAAAAUGCAUUGUUUAAACAUUUGUUGCAUUGUGCAUGCAAUACCGUUCUUUUCUUUUCUUUUUGGGGCACUUGCACUAUUUUGAGGUGAAUGAGGUUAGCAUUUCUUGGGGGGGGAAAAGAAAGGUAAUUUAGUUUUGUUGUAUGUGUUUCUUCUGUAGUAAAAAAAAAAGUACUUUAAAAUUAGAAUGGUGCUUCUUACAUAUCAUCAGAAACCCUGCAAAUAUUAUAAGGUUCUCCUUUCU